AUGGAUUCCUCGUACCUCACACUGAGCCUUUCAAACGCAUUUUUAUCUUACACCGCCACCAUGCUUAACAUUGUUACAAUCCAUGCGAUCAGAAAGACUCCGUCUUUGUCAAAAAAUUUAAAAGCAUUGCUCCUGAGUCAGGCCGUUUCUGAUCUUGGUAUCGGACUGCUGGCUCAGCCAAUGUAUGCUGCACGUCUUAUUAUGGAGUCGAAGCUAAACAGUGGAACUAAUAGUUCUUAUAAUGUUAUCUAUAUGGCGUACCUUAUUCCGACCAAUUUAUUUACUAUCGCUACGUUGUUUCUCAUUGUUGUUCUGUGCGCCGAGAGAUUCGCGUCCGUUCAUUUUUACCUUAGUUACCAUGAACUUGUGACACACAAACGCGUUGUCGCUGUUGUCGUCUCAAUUUGGUUCCUUAGCGGACUUCUUUCAUCAAUGAGGCUGUGGAUUCCCAAAAAUAUUACGUACGUGGUUUACGGAAUUACUGGUUCUGCUUGCAUUAUAGCUGCCAUUUUUUUCAGUGUCCGAAUUUAUUUGUCCGUGCGACACCACGUGAACCAAAUUCAAGUGCUGCAGCUACAACAAGUAUCGCAGAACGGUCAAAUGGCUAACAUUAAAAGGAUGCGUAAGUUUGCCAUCAUGGCAGUUUACGUUUGCCUGGUUUUGCUGGUUUGCUAUCUGCCAAAUGGUUUCACUUUAUUUGUUACUGCGUUAAGCGGAUCAAACACUGGUAUAAAUCAUGUUCACCACUAUACUCUAACGCUAGAGCUUCUGCAUUCAUCGCUUAAUCCACUGAUAUAUUGUUGGAAGAUGAGACAUGUUCGACACACUGUCAUUGGCAUACUGCGAAAUGCAUUGAAAUUGUCAAAGCACCACUAAAGGUGAAAAAGUUAAGCGAGGUUGAACUUAGUUAUUUUUGCACUUGACCUUCCAUACAUUGCCUCUAUUUUAUUUACGCGCGUAAAAUUUGCGUGCUUACGAACGUGAAAAUUACUCUUCCGUGGAAAUACACCUUUACUGCUUUAGGCAAGGUUCAAACCGGAUAGCACCUACUCCGACACGGAAACCUCAAGGGAUAAUGCUUCUGUUCACAAAUAAGAACGGUGAUUAUGGAGAGAUUUCUGUAACGGAGCGACGCUGCGCCGCGCCGAUCUUGUAAGUGAUUCGUCACAUAUCGGAUUCGUUUCCGCCACUCUUCAUCGCAGUGUGAACGGGUCCAUUAGGUUUCUGGGAAAUUGCCCACCUACCCCUCCCCUAAGUCAACAUUAACACUUACUUCUCACUUAGGGCAAAAUGAUGGGUUAGGGGAGGGGUAGGUGGGCAGUUUCCCAGAAACCUAAAUUGAUCCGCGUGAACUGGUAUUCUUACCUUAGCGGAAGCAAACUGACUAGGAGCGAGGACUGGAACCCACUGACACGGAAGGAAAUAUUCAGAAGUGAGAACUGGGUCUUAGUUCAACUGACCCUCUCGACAAACCGUUCCCGUAUGAUUUUCAGGGGCACCCAACGAGGAUAUAGUUCAAAACCACUUAACAUAGCAUUGUUGAACGUAUUUUAGUAUUUAAACGGUAGACAUAGGCAUAUUUUUAUCCCCUAAAAACUUUUCAUCUGUUCGGAUUUCCUAGCUGAAAGUCUAGUGAUCCGAAGAUUAUAGGGAUCAAAACAUCCCUUUUCGAAAAUUUCAGCCGGGAAAAGGCUCCCGAAAAUUCUAGGUGGCCUCUUUUAGGGUAAAAAUUCGUUAAAAAUGGGUAAUUAUACCAUUUUGUAGAUGUUCGAAAAUCCUAGAAGAGGCAGGCAAGCAAGAAAUUUUACAACAAAUGUUCCGAAAAUUCUAGAUCUCAAAUCGUCUUCCGAACAGAUAUUUUCCGAAAAUUGCCGUUGGGUGCCCCUGGAUGUUCAAUGUGUGUGAACGACUCUUUUCAGUUCAGUGCCUUUGCCAUCCAUACUGAACUGGAUAGCUUUUCAUGUCAGCACGAAAAGCUAUUCGGCAAAGUGCAAAAACUUUUCAUUCAAACGAUUUCGCCGUUUCUGAUUGGCUCCAAUCUCUCAGCUAAUUCUUCACAACCAACUGGCGCAUCUUUCAAAAUUUAUGGUAAUAACAUAUUUGAAAGAUGCGAGCAAUUUACGAUCGAAUUAACUGUGGAUAUUCAUCUCAGCAACAAAGAAAAGAAGUAAUUUUUCAAGCCCGCUUUGUUAAAAUAAUGCAGGGCAAAAGAUGAGACAGACCGUUGACUAAUUGUUUACGUCGUCGAUCUUACACAUUGUAAAUAUGAAAGGAUGUUGAGGAAGGAAGUUUAGGGAACUUAUUUACUGAAUAUUCUGAACAAUUUUCAUUUACGAUAAAGCACGUAAUAAUGAAGAAGUGAAGAAAUCAAUUAACAUGUAAAUAAAACAGCUGAAAGUUUUCAAAUCGAGUAGAAAGUAGUUCAUGAUUAUCUGAGUCAGACAUCAAAAUCGUAUUGCAUUAAAAUCGUUGGGCAGUUUUUUUUACAUUGUGGAACUGACACAUAAAACUAUUGAGUAGUCAAGAGAAAUAAAAUAAAGCAUACACAGGGUGAGGGACAGUUUUGGCCUCUUUCUGCAUUUCAUUCGUUUGGAUGCCGGCAAUAUAACAAAAUAGUGGUCUCACUACAGAUUUAAACAAGACUUCAAAUGUGACUCAUCUCUCAAAGUUGGAGAAAAUAGUUGGACAAGCUUGCCCAUGAUCAAGUUGAAGUUAAUUUAAACAAAACUUUAUGUUUUCUAAUUGUUUUGAAGGUUAGUCAGUCAGCAUCGUAGCUCUGGCAGCCGCGUCCGCAAAAUCUCAUUUCCAUAAGUGUUUUGCUGGCUUCAGCACAAAUCCAAAAACGACAACGAAAGGAUUUCUCGUACCUCCUUCUAUGCCUUUCACACGCGUUUUUAUCUUACACCGCCAAUAUGCUUAACAUUGUUACAAUCCACGCAAUAAGAAAAACUUCGCCCCUGUUAAAAACUUAAUCGGCGCAAAUACUAAAACAAAAGCGUCCUCCAUGGAAGAGAGGGGGGGGGGGGGGAGGGUAAAUAGUUUUCAAGCCGACCCUUUGAUAAAUAAUGUGCUGCAAAAUAUGAGACAGACCGUCGACUAACUGUAGACUAACUGUUUAUGGUUGUCGAUCUUACACAUUGCAAAUAUGAAAGGAUAUUUAUCCGAAUUAUUUGGGCGCUUGAUAUGGAAGAUUUCAAAAAGCUAACUGAUUUAAGUCUUAACUAAUAUGCAGUACGUCAUCUUAUCAAAUAUUCUGAUGGAUUUUAGUUCAUAAAAAAAACAUGCAAUAAUGAAGUAAUGAAGAAAGCGUUUAACAUGUAAAUAAAACAGCUAAAAUUUUUCAUAUGGAGUAGGAAAUAAUUAUUAAAAAGGGAUGUCAGCUCCAAAAUUUGUUCAUAAUUUUAUGACUAAGUUAGAGAUCAAAACACUUACUUUUUUGCAUUAAAAUUCUCCGGCAGUUUUGUUCCACUGCGCAACUGACAACUUAUUCUGACAUUUGCAUGUGUUCUCUCGUCAUUUCGAUUAAUCGGAUGCGACAAAGUGGCGCACCAAGAAAAAAUAUAUGGUCGGAAAAGUUUACUGGUGAUUAAUUUUAAGUUUAAAUUGAAACAAAAACGCCUGUUUCCUAAUUGCUAUGAAGUUAAAGAUCUAUACUUCAAAAUUUUUAAACGCCUUAAAAACAUGUGAAACAUCUGUUUUUCGGCACAGCAAUACACGAUCAACAGUAGUACAUGUACUGUGUUCAGAAAUAAUUCAUCGUGGUUCAGUUAAAUGCUUAUCAAAGUCUAACUUGCGAAACGUUUUUAAAGUCUCCAAACAUUGGUCAAUUCGCAUCGUGGCUCUGAUCGGAGCAGGUCUAGAAAACGAUUCUACUGACAUCCUGAAAAAUCAAACGCUUUCACGGUCCGAUACGAAUUUUCGACUUGCUUCAACCACCAGAAACAAAUGGAAUUGUCGCAUCUCACAACUUCUAUCUUAAACGCGUACUUCUCUUACACCGCCACCACGCUGAACGUUGUAGCAAUCUACGCAAUCAGAAAAACUCCAUCCUUGUCAAAAAAUUUUAAAACACUGCUACUGAGUCUGGCUGUUUCUGAUCUCGGUGUUGGUUUACUAGCUCAACCAAUGUUUGCUGCAUAUAUUAUGAACUCAAAACAAAAGAAUGAAAUCAAUGAAACUUAUACUGCCAUAUAUAUCGCGUUUCUUAUCUCGACGAAUUUCUUCCUUUUCGCGUCAUUGUUUAGUGUCACGGCUCUCUGUGCAGACAGAUUUUUGGCAAUUUACCUUCACCUCAGAUACCAGGAACUAGUGACAUACAAACGCAAUGCUGCUGUAGUGACCUCAAUCUGGGUACUCAGCGCACUUAUUUCACUGGUCAGAUUUUUCAUCCCAAAAAAUAUCAUGUACCUGAUUUUCGUCAUUAUUAUGUCUAUUUGUAUUAUAACUGCAACUUCCCUGAGCGUCAAACUUUAUCUAACUCUAAGACGCCACAUAAACCAUAUUCAAGUCCCGCAAGAACCGCAGAAUGACCAAGGCGAAAUUGUUUUAAGAAAAAGGAAAUCUGCGAUGGCGUCGCUUUUCGUUUAUCUGGUUUUCAUAGUUUGUUAUUUGCCUCAUAUUUGUAGCUUAUUUAUUAUCGCUACCAUUUCCGAACAAAGGAACGAUGUACAGCUUUUGUGGGCUUAUACUCUGACCCUGUCGUUUCUUAAUUCAACCCUUAAUCCACUGAUCUACAGUUGGAAGAUG